AUGGAGCUAAGCAUACAGGUACUGAAGAGAGCCCUUGUGUACGAGCACACUAAAGAUUUAGGUAAGAACUUCACAGUUUCGCCAUUGUCGUGUACAAUUCUGCUGAGUGUGGUGGCUUCUGGACUGAAAGGAGAAGCUUUAGAGCAGAUGAUGUUUUUCUUAAGGCUUAAAAUGGGGCUGAAGAGUAUAGCUGAUCUAAUCUCUGAGUCUCGUCGAGUAAUGGCUAUGGUAUCAUCUGACAACACCCAAGGACCUUUUCCUUUACUUUUCUCCUCUGUUAAUGGCGCUUGGGUUGAUAAGAAGUACAAGCUCAAGCCCUCAUUUCAACAUGUUUUGAAGACCAUUUACAGAGCAGGCUCCGUGGCAUUAGAUUUUGGCAACAAGAAUGAAGAGGAAGUAGCUGAAAUAAAUACUUGGGUGAAGAAUGCAACUAAUGGACUCAUCAAAGAGAGUGUUCCAAAUCAUCUUAUUAGUAAUAAGGAUACUGUUCUAAUCCUUGCUAUUAAGACUGAAAUCAAUGGUGAAAAGAUGAAUUGUAUAUUGAUGUAA